GAAAAUAGCAAUCGUUAUGGCGAGUCGUUUGUGGAAAACAUUAUCACGCAAACGUGUUGACGAUGAUCAAGAAGGUAAAGGUGAGCUAGCAAGAGUCCUCAAUAUCUUUGAUUUAACUGCCCUUGGAGUUGGAGCUACCCUUGGUUUAGGUGUAUAUGUUCUUGCCGGAAGUGUUGCUAAAGAAACGGCCGGACCAGCCGUUUGUAUUUCUUUUCUUAUUGCUGCCAUUGCUUCUGCCUUUGCUGGAAUGUGUUAUGCAGAAUUUGCCUCAAGAGUACCGAAAGCAGGAUCAGCUUAUGUUUACAGUUAUGUAACAGUCGGCGAAUUUAUAGCAUUUGUCAUAGGAUGGAAUUUAAUAUUAGAAUAUGUUAUAGGAACAGCAAGCGUUGCUCGAGGUCUUAGUAAUUAUCUCGAUGCUUUAGUAGGAAAUGUUAUGGGGAAAACAUUGCAUUCAAUUAUGCCAAUAGAUAUAUCUUUUUUAUCAGAUUAUCCUGACUUUCUUGCAUUUGGCAUGGUCAUGUUACUCGUUCUUUUACUUAGUAUAGGAGUUAAAGAAUCAUCUUUUUUAAAUAAUAUAUUCACUGUUAUCAAUAUUGUUACGAUUAUUAUCGUAAUAGUAGCGGGUGCUAUUAAAGCUGAUCCUAAAAAUUGGUACAUUUCGGUAGAAGAUAUUCCCAAAAAUGUAACUAACGCUGGUAGCGGUGGUUUUAUGCCAUUUGGAAUAAGUGGUGUAAUGGCAGGUGCAGCUAAAUGUUUUUAUGGUUUUGUGGGUUUCGAUGCUGUUGCAACGACAGGCGAAGAAGCAAAGAAACCACAACGUGACAUACCCUUAGCCAUUGUUUUAUCCCUCGCUAUUAUUUUGACUGCAUAUUUCAGUAUUUCUACAGUACUGACCAUGAUGUGGCCAUAUUAUGAUCAGAAUGCAGACGCACCAUUCCCUUAUGUUUUUCAACAAAUUGGAUGGCCGGUCAUUCAGUGGAUCGUCAAUAUUGGAGCUGUUUUUGCAUUAUGUACGAGUUUACUAGGUGCUAUGUUUCCUUUACCACGUGUAUUAUAUGCUAUGGCAAGUGAUGGAAUCAUAUUUAUGUGGCUUUCUAAAGUUCAUUCCAAGACCAUGACACCUAUUUUGGGUACAGUACUUUCUGGACUACUUGCUGGAAUCAUGACUCUUCUUUUUAAUCUUCAACAAUUAAUCGACAUGAUGUCUAUUGGAACACUAUUAGCAUAUACAGUGGUAGCAAUAUCAGUAUUAAUACUAAGGUAUCAGAAAGAUGAUUUACCUGAAGUAAAAAUGAACGAUUAUAAAUUUACAGCAUUAAGUAUAUUCAAGCAAACAUUUAAUUUAAAUAAUCAUAAAGAACCAUCGCAUAUUUCUAACGUAGUUUCCAAAUGUAGCAUAGCUAGUUUUAGUCUCAUUGUAUUUAUACUCAUUCUUAUAUUAAACAACAUUGAAUUUAAUAUGACAGAAGACAACGCGAUAGUAUUCGUAAUAGUGAUAAUACUUAUAUUUAUAGUAAUAUUAAAUGUAGCAUCCAUUGGUAGACAACCAGUUCAACAAAUCAAACUAUCUUUCAAGGUUCCAUUAGUUCCAUUAAUACCAUGCUGUAGCAUUUUUAUAAAUCUUUAUUUGAUGUUACAACUAGACAUGUUUACAUGGAUUAGAUUUAUCGUGUGGAUGUUUAUCGGUUUCCUUAUUUAUUUGUUUUACGGAAUUUCUCACAGUGUUCAAGGAAAAAAAAACAAAAUAGAGGAUAUAAUAAUGAAACAAAAAAAUGUAGAUCACAGUAGAAUCGUAACGAAAUUUUAAAUCUACACAAUAAUAUUAUAUUAUAUAAUAAAUAUAAAUAUUCACAGAAACGUAAAAUCAUAAGAUAAGAUUUUUAAACAACUCAUUUACAUAAAUUAUUUGUAAUAUUUUCAAUUAUCGUAUUUUAUAUAUAAAAUAAUUAG